AUGUCCAGACAUGACCAUCGAUUGCUUCCUCCGGAGCUGUGGUUGAAUAUCAUUCGCUGGGCGACCUAUGCACCGCCGGGUCUUGACGUGCCAAACUUCGAGCCAUUCCUUGGAUCUCUUGAUCAUGACAAUAAGGGAGAGGCGGAUGCUAAGGCUGUCAAGUGCGCAGUGGUUCAAGUGUGUAGGCUUUGGCGAGACCUCGCCCUCAGCAUUCUAUAUGAGGAUGUAAAGGUCGGACGUGGGGUACAGUUCCUCGUGGAGGCAUUGGGGAAGACAUACAGGGGUGAACAGCUUGGAAGAUGUGUCCGCCGCCUUGAACUUCCCUACCCUCACACUGGUACUAUAACCAACACUAGCUCGGAUCUCGCACUGCAAAUUCUGCAACAUUGCCCGGAAUUGGAAACCUUGGUGAGGCCCUUCAUGCAGGGACCUCCAGAUGCAGUACGCUAUGAAUUCCCAAUUCGCAGCCACUCCUUCUUGAAUCUCAAGAGGCUCGAGUGGUGGCACUACAAUGAUGCCACUCGCUCUGGGGGAAUAAACUCGCUUCUAAACGUUUUGCGCCAUUCCCCAAAUCUCCAGUAUCUCAUUGUAGGAGGGGAGAUGUGGACUUCCGCCCAAACUGGCAAUGUGCUGGAGCUCCCCGCAUUGAAGACACUUCGUUUGCGACGCAUCAAUCCUAUCUUCGUCCAUCAGAUCUGCCAGUGGCGGUUACCUUCACUUGUCCAUAUCGUUGUGGAUUUCCCACUAGAACAAAACGCACUCGACACCAUAUGGCAGGUGUUUGGGGCUCGCCUCUGCACGGUCGAAUUCGCAAGGCAUGUCGGUUUCUUGCUCAGUGAUCAGAUCACCCGCUUCCUCCGUGGCUGUCCUCAAGUCAAGACAUUCAAUUACUUUCUUAACUUCACAUCACCACCACCUAUUUUCGAACAACAAUGCGCGCUUCAAUGCAUAUCUUUGCACGCAUUCCCAUGUGGCAUGGUUACAGACAUGAUCACUGAAGCUCAAGAGCGCCUCAGGCUACACCUUGCCUUCCUCUCCAGAUCAUCCUUCCCAGCGUUACGCCACAUAAUUCUUCAUGGUGAUUGGGGAGAAUUGCGUCUUGAUCCUCGCUUCGUGGCAUUUGAGCAAACCAUGAUUUCCAAAGGCUGCUCGAUUGAACCCUCCACUGGAGGCACGCAUUCUUGCAAUCAAUCAUUAAGCGCCUGA